GAAAUAAUGUCAUUACUAAAGGCAUUUGACAAGACUGGCAGAUGCAGAUUUGACAAAUUUCCUACGGUGGAGCAACAGACCAGCAGCUUCUAAGAGCACAGCAGACAUCAAUCAGACGCUGAAGACAGGCAAUAGCAGCACCCUGCAGAGCCCCAUUCCGUUUCACCUGCAGCAGAUUCAGGUGGAGAACAGAGAGCAUUGAGGGGGGCAACUCGCCGACUUAUGGAUGCAAAUAGGAACUGGCCAGAAGAGUGAACAUUUCAAGAUCACAAGAGAAAAAAAAUCAGCCUCUAAGAAAACAUGACUACUGCCAGCAGGUGUUUGGACGAGCUUUGUCACCUCACUGCCCAGUCUCUAGUGUCUCUUGAGACCACAGAGCACUUCAAGAUCAUCAAGCUCCUGGGUGAAGGUUCAUAUGGCCAAGUCAAACUGGCGGUCCACAAGAAAAGGGGAACUCCCAUGGCACUGAAGUUUUUCCCUCGGGAGUCGACGGGUCUCCUCUCCUUCCUGAGAGAGUACAACCUCUCGCUGGCCUUCUGCUCCCAUCCAUCGCUGACCUCUGCGCUGGGGAUCGCCUUCUCCACACCGACACACUACGUCUUCGCUCAGCAACCCAGUCUCUAUGGCGACCUGUUUGAUGUUAUCGUGCCCGAUGAGGGUGUAGACGAGGACUGCGCUCAGCGGGUGACGUCGCAGAUCAGCGGCGCCCUCGCCCACCUCCACCGCCUCGGCUUCGUCCACCGCGACCUCAAGCCUGAAAACAUCUUCUUGUGUGACCGAGAGUGCCGCUGGGUCAAGCUGGGCGACUUUGGCAUGGCGAAGGCCCAAGGGGUGAAGGCGCCCUGCGUCUGGUACAGCUCGCCGUACUGCACGCCCGAGGCCGAGAUCGCCCGUGACACCGACCCGCUGCCGAGCGAUGCUGACGCCCCUUUGGACGAGAACGGAAACCCCGUGGAGGUGAAGAAGAAGAAGCACGUCAUGGCGAUGGUGGAGGCCAGCACAGACACCUGGGCUCUGGGCAUGCUCAUCUACGCCCUGCUCACCGGCAUGACGCCCUGGGGCGAGACGUCCUCCGACAACCUGGGCUACGUGAGGUUCAAGGAGUGGGCGGAGCGGGCUAACGAGCACCCGAGAGAAGUGAACGACACGAACGACGACUGCGACGAUGGACAAAACAACAGCGAUGGCAACAACAACAACAACAACAAGAACGACAACAACAACGUCGCGCCACAGUUCACGCGUUUCACGUCGCUGGCCUGCUCACUUUUUCUGCUGCUGCUCGAUCCCCAGCCAGCACGGCGAGGGAGCGCCCAGGAGGUGGAGGGCUUCCUGGGGAGGACGUGGCUGAGGGACGGGGACAGGAGACAGAGGGAGGAGGCAGCGGCCAACCGCAAGCAGAGAGAGAUCAUGGACACGGGGAAAGAGACUGAGAGAGCCGAGAGCAGAGACAGAUAAAGAACGAAGGACACAACUAGCUUAGGCACUUACCAUAAAACUACCAAUUUCCACCCCUUUCGCACCAAAAAACAGAAAACAAACAUGUUUUUUUUUUUAAUUUCAAAAUAAUUUGAUUGAAGAACCUUACAUUUUUCAGUAGCCAUAAGUGUGUAUUGAACAAAAUUUGGCUUGGUUCUUAACGGGAGCUUUUACUGCCUAAAAUAUCCGAUUUUGUUUAGCGUGCUCGGAGUUUGGUGCUGGGCUGGUGGGUGCCUCAAUUCUAUCCACUCACUCAGCACAUCGAUGGUUAGACCGAGAAUUCUCGACACAAAAUCAAAAUUCCACUGGAGCUCCAAGCGGUUUUGUGCACACAGCCUUACAACACUGUUUACAGCUCUUCAAGUCACUGUACAAUGUCAUUUUUGGUACAGUGAUCAAUGAGAUAUCCUUAUGGGGUGGGUGCUUGUGUUUCUUUAGGAAUCCGCCAUCUUGGUUUGUGAAUAUCAAAUGACACAUAUACAUAAAAGGGAGAAAAUAGGGCGUGGGCGGAAAUAGGAAACUUUACGAUAAUUAUGUUGCAUAUUAGUCAGACUACUGCAGAAGAUAGAAGCUAUUUUUGAAUCUUUACAAUGCAAUUUGCACUAGACCAAAUUCUAUAUUUGUUAUUGUGUACACCUGUAAUACGUUUGAAAUGUGUAAUAAUAAUAAUAAUAAUAAUGUUUGGUAGUUUAGUUUUACAUCAUAAAAUAAAAUAAAUUUACUAUGUAGCAUAUAGCACAGUAAUACAGGGUCUCAUGAUCCAGCCCAAAGGCAGUUUCUUUACAUGGUGCUGACUGAGGACUUACAGUACAUAUUACAUUCAUUUCUUAUGGGAACCAGUCUUUACAUUGCAACAUUUUAUUGUUGUAAUUGAUUCACAACGUCAGUUUUUACUGUCAUUGACACACCAUAAUUUAACAGAAGGAUAUUCCUGAUAUAUUCCUGUUUUUUUGUUUGCUAACUGGAUAGUUCUUAGAAAACUGUACUUAAUUAUUAUAAGUCAUUAUUUACUUGAUGAUGCUGUUGUGUCUGUUGUACAUACAUAUAUAUCUAUGAUGUAGCCCAUGUGUUGUAUAUAUUCAUGCAAAGGUCUCUAAUAAAUCACCUCAGCUA